CCCCCGCCGACCCCAUCAGUCUAAUGCACCUGAAAAUAAACGAGGCGAGCUCAAGAGGGGGAGACGGCAUCUAUUUGCUUCUUGUACGGCUUUCGCCGGAAGCACAGCCGACGUCGCAACCAAUGGUCCUUGCCCUCCCCCUGUCAAAAUCGAGGUACUCUGCACGGAGGCCUUAGGACUGCGCUGCGCUUACCAGGGCCAGUCGCAGGGGGUCUCCCAAUUUUGGAGCAUUGUAGCGAGCUGGCAUCCAGCCAUUGCUUCCACAGAGUUUUUUCCCCGGGAGAUGAUCUCGGAAGGAGCGGGAGCAGCGUUGAUCUCGAGGAAGAACUCGAGAGCUGAGUGGAUCAUGUUGCGUCAGUCAUGCAUGGUUCGUGACGGCCUAGGAUCGAUCGGCAAUGGCUGACGUCCCAUCCCCGCACACAUUACGGAGUAUACCUGUUCGUCCGAGAGAUGAAAUCAAACCCUCUUCUUGUGCCCUGAAAUCCAUUGGAUACCGGCUGGAAGGGCUGGUGGUCCAUUUUCAACCCCAUUAGGGACCUGCAACACGGCGCCGUGGCGGCAAACUAGCGCCCUCUUCCAGCCAGCCAUCAAUGAUGCAUACUCCGCACGCUAUAUCCGAGAUCGAGGGGAUUCAACACAAGUACGGCACUGAAACAUUCAUUGACGCCGCAGGAAACUCGUUCGGCUCUCAACCGGGCUCUCCGAGAAUCUGGACCUCGAACGGAUUCGAGCUGUUCACAUCAAUAGCAGCUGUAAACAAUGGCUUCCACCUAGUGUGGACUCGUGGCCCCCUGCUCUAUCCCCGUUGUCAAAUCAACUAGGGCAAUGGCAGAGGUGGAGAGAAUGAUGCCAAUCACCAUCGUCGCCAUGCAGGCUGUCUUGCAGGUCGUCUCCACGUUCUGGUGAUCCACGCUCUGAUAACCCACGCUUUGAUAACCCACGCUCCUUCCUAUUGAGCUAGAACACGGGAUUUUUACCACCCACGAUUGGCGAUACGCUGGGUUGUUCGAGCUGCAUGCCUUCAUGGUUCCCAUUGGCUUUUCUACGCCUUGAACCACCGAGGUCCGAGUGCUACCAACGCAAGUCUAAGAGCUAUGAGGGUGGUCGAAGUGUGAGAGGCGGUAGUGUCAACUGCCAUGAUGCCCUCCAUAGGGUCUCAUGGCAUCUCUUUUCCUAUCUAGGAAGCUAAGAGUGCAGGGUCUCCCUUUUUGCCGCCCCUCUGACGAGAUUGUGAGGUGGAGAGAGAUGGAGGAAAUAGUUUACAACCACUGAAGCUGAAUAUCAUACCCACAUCUGCAUACCAAAAGGCGUAAUGGUGAUGUGAAGCUCCAUCGCCACUCUCAGUGCCCAGCCUCCGUACCGAAAAAAAAAGAUAGCAGGCGCUCAGUUGCGUUUAGCUCGUCCCUACUGUGGCAGUUUGCUACAAAAGCCUCGUGUGACCCCGGGCCGAAAUUUUUCUUUUUCCUCAUCCUCCUUCAGUGUCCUCGAAUGUUUCCUAUACUUUUUUAGAGCCUUAUUUCUGACUCCGCCGCGGGUUUGUGUCGACUAUUCUGUUGCUUCAAGAGCUGCUGCUCAAAAAAAGCUAUAUCUGAUCCCCAUCCUCCUUCUCGCCCAUCACAUCCCUUACCCAAGCCCCAGACUGAAAGUCCAGCAACUGUAUCUCUACCCCCAGCCCUUACGACUACUACGACCAAUUCAUCUGCCCACACUACUAUUGUACUUCCUACAUCCACAAUGGCUCCCGGAAUCCUGUCUCCCGUUCCGGGUAACUUGAACUCAUCCUUCUACUCCACCAUGCACGGGAAUUCUCGUCAGGUCUCCGCCCUUUCUGCCGCCUUUGAUAACGACAACAUUUCACAGAAUGGUCGUUCUACGCGCCGAGAGUCUGGCUUUGUCCGUAAGGCCAAUGGCUUCGGCAAUUCUAAUAUCACUAGCGUGGUGCAGUCCCUGCACCGCCGCAGCGGUGAUGAGCUGGGCAAUGGUACUUCAUCCCAGCUCCUGAACACCUCUUACCACUCAAUUAUUGAGUGGAUUCGUUCUGAGCGUAUGAGCCACUUGCCCCCGGAGGGUAGCAGCUAUGACAAGGUGCUCUCUUGGGCCCAGCUUUUUGUCGACAGACUGCACUCCUUCGACAUCGGAAUUCAAGACUUUGCCGGUGACAGCUAUCUUGCCGCCCAGUUGUCCUAUGGGUACUGCUCUAUGCUCCUCGAGCUCGGCAAGGACAACGCGCCCGCCCUUAUGAUCUCUUUCGGCUUCUUCUAUAGCACCUCCUCCGCUCUGGUCAAUCUUCUGGAGCGGACUGAGCUGUUCUCGGUGUCCCAGGAGAUCAAAGAGCAGCUUAUCCUGGCACUGGCCGACUUGGUUACUCUUGUCGCCAGUGUGUCCACUCACUUCCACAAGGCUAUCCGUGGGUUGACCACCGCUUCGGUGUCUGUCAACAUCUAUGAUACCUUCCCCGGCCAAAUUCAAUCCUUCCGUGAGCGCUGCGGAAAGAUCUCCGAGGCUAUGUGGCGGCACCAGCUUGCCAAGGAGAACAUUGACACCGAAAGGGUUGCCGUUGUCAAGUCUGUCCGAUCCUGGCUUGCCCCCGAAGACCGUGUCCUCAGCCGUCUCGCCGAAAACACCUCUCAUCUCGCCCACGAGCGUGAGGAAAUGACUUGCCUCUGGUUAGGCCCAUACUUGACUCGUUUCUUGAAGAGUAAAAACCACACUUUGUCAUUCUAUGGCAAGCCUGGAUCCGGCAAGACCGUUCUCGCUUCGGUCAUUGUUGACCGUCUGCAAGAGCAGGUUGGUGGAGUUACCUACAAGACUUUGUUCGUUCCAAUCAACGCUCGCAUCCCGGCCGAGACCACUCCCAUUGCCAUUGCAAAGACUAUUCUGUUCCAACUGUUCGAGAAGCGCAUUGGCAAUGUUCAACUCCUGCAUAUUCUUGGCGAUGCCUAUGAGCGUAGCCGUAAGACAACUGGUGCCGCGGAUUAUGAAAGCAUUAUCUGGAAUGCUUUGGAGCGUGCCCUGGCGGCUGCUCUUCGCGGUGCCAAGGAGCUUGUCAUUGUCCUUGACGGCCUUGACGAGUCUACCGGCGGAGAAGCUGCUCUGCUCCAGAGAUUGACCGCCGCCACUUCCAACGCUGUCAACGUCAGGCUCAUUACUCUUGGUUCUGAGAAGCCUACCGCCAAGGAAAAUGUCAUGGCCGUCCCUAUCACAGAGGAUCGUGUCGCUGAUGAUGUCUCCGCCGUCGUCCGGUCCAUUCUCGAGGCUAGCCGCACAUUCCGGGAAUUGUCCGAGUUGGAGCGAGAGACUGUGAUCGACCAGAUCACCGAAGCCUCCCAUGGCUCAUUCCUUUGGGCUAAGCUUGCUGCUAAGCAUGUUCGCCAUGAGCACGCCACUGAUGCCUUCCGCAAGACUGUUGAGGCCGUGGUGAAUAGCAAGUGGACUGUCCUAGACUUCGUCACCCAUGUCCUUGCCUCCUCUGAAGUUAGCGAGGAUGCGAAGUUCAUGCUUCUCUGGCUUGCUACCGCCCAGCGCCCUCUGUUGGUGAAGGAGCUAGCCACCCUGGCCUCGGUCCAGCUCGAUAAACACACUGUCUCUGACCGCAAGGUUGACGUUUUGACCAUCCUGAAGCCUUUGACCUCUCUUGUCUUCCUCCAGGACGGCCAAGUUUAUCUUCGUCACGGACUCAUCCGCACUGCUGUUCUGGAUAUUUACACUAAGGGCAAGCUGAUUCCCUCCGUCAAGGAUCGCCAUGCCGACCUUGUCACUCGAUUGUUUAUCUAUAUUAAGACCACUGUGACUGAGCAGCAUGAGCCUUCUCUGACAUCUUUGGACCGUCACGAAACCAGCCUUCUUGUCCAGAAGUACCCACUUCUUGAACUUGCAGUGCGCUAUUGGCCUCACCAUCUAACGAACACCACUGUCUAUACCAACGGCGGUGAUGUUUCUACUGCUAAGGAGUUUGGCAAGCUGUUCCCCGCCACUGUGACUUUGCUGCUGCUCCAGAAUACUCUCUGGCACAACAUCACCACGCCAACGCUCCUGACAUAUCUAACCAUUGUCAGCAACCUGAGCCGCCAUAUCCUGACUCCCAAUAAUGUCGUCACUUUGCAGUCUAUCAUCUCUUUGGCUCUUUUCCGUCGCGACAUUACUCACGUCACUGAGUCAAUUCCGCUGUUCUACGAGAUCACUACGAUUAGUCGCACCCUGCUCACCGUCAAGCACAUCAUCACCAUGCAGAUGUCUAGUCUCUUCCUCGACCUCACGGCUGAGCAGGUCACCACAACCAAGAGUGAUAUUAUGGUCAAGCGGGAAGAGAUUCUUCUUCUCAUCGUCGAGUGCUACAAGAUCCACUACGGCAACAACUCGGAGAAGGUUGUCACUACUCUGAAGACUCUGAUCGAGCAUUACCGCCUUCUCAAGGAAGAGAAGAAGAUCAGGGAGAUUGAGAUAUUAGUUCAGACUAUCACCGGGACUCGUUACGAUGGCGACGAGACCGAAACUCGUGGUGGUCUCCACGUUCACCUGAAGGGCCACAAGCAGAACGGCGAGACUGGCAUUCGCUUCAUUCUGGACACCGAGGUUGAUGAAUACCAAUCUGAGACCUUUGACUUCGAAGCCCUCCUCAAGCAGGCUGAAAAGUAUAUUGCUGAGGGCCGCAUUGCUGAGGCCGAGCGUAUCUACGUUGAGAUCUGGCAGCGCGCUAGCAAGGAGUGUCGCACUCAGUACUCCGAGUAUUGGGAGCAGAUCAAACUGAAGUCGGUGACUGUCUACUCAAAGUUCCUUCAGUCUCAGAAGCGCGAGUAUGAGGCCUCCUCGAUCUUGUCUAGCGUCUGGGAGGAGUACCGCAGCACCAGCCUGUCCGUGUCCGAGUCUACUUCUUCCCACUUCCAGGAAAUUGCCAAGGUUAUGACUGCUGUCGGACUCUCUACCGCAGCUCUGAGCAUUUUCAAGCACUGUGCCCAUUACUACAAGAGCACCAACCGCACUGAGUCCUCGCAGUACACGGAGAUUCAGAAGAGCAUUGAGCAAACUUCCCAGCAGGUCAUGCACCAGGCUAGCUCCUCUUCUUCCGUUGUCUCUGAAUCUGUGUUGGAAGAGAUUGUCUACGAAGCUUCCAGCUCCAUCACCAAGAUUGACCAGAGCUCAUUCACUGCCACCUACACUCUGGUUGAGCUGUAUGUCUCCCAGCACCGCUGGAAGGAUGCAACUCGCGUUGUCAAGAAGGUUCUGCACGGACUGUGGCCGUCCUUGUUUGCUCCCUCCAUUCAGGACGUCGUCCUCCCCAGCCAGCACGUUGAGAAGUGUGUGGACCUUGCUGAGCGUCUGAGCCAGUGCUACCACUAUCGCCGUCGCUUCCCUCGCGAGGAGGGUAUCCGCAUCCGCGUCUACCGGGCUGUUCGGGCUGCCAAGCCUGUCGAUGACAAGCUACGCGAGCGCGUCACUAACGAGCUGAUCUUUUUCUACGAGCGCUCUUCGCAGCCCGACCGGGUUAUUAGCACCCGCCAAGAGCUCUUGGAUGACUAUAUUACCCACUAUGGACCUGAGCACCCCACCGUCAUUAAGACUCUGUGGAUCCUGGCGGAGCUCACGCGUCCUCGCCCGAUCUCUAUCGAGUACUACCAGCGCAUCAUCCGUGCCUUGAACAAGGAUGCUCCUCAUUGCCACCCAGAUGCUAUUGAGCCUCUGAUCAUUGUGGUCACUGAGCUCUGGAACCAGAGUCGCUACUCUGAUGCUGUGCAAUACUACUCACUGCUCUUCGUUACGUUCUUGAACGAACCUAAGAAGCACCCCAAGUUCCAGUUGCCCGAUUUCGUUCAGGAGUUCUUCACCCGAUACACCCACUGCCUGCGCAGUGUGCGUACCGAGUACACCAAGAUCCAUAAGGUUACUCUCGACUAUCAGACCAAGGUCAAGGCUGUCUUUGGUGCCACUGCAACAAUCACCAUCAAGGCUACAUUGACCUUGGCGAAGGUGUGCCAGGAAUCUAAGCGCUUCGAGACCGAUGCCAUUGCUCUCUACGAGGAGUUGCUCACCAUCCAGACCACCGAGAUUGACCGAGAUGAGAUCACCGCUAUCCUUGAUGGUAUCUACGAGGAGCAGACUGCUAUUGCUACCUCCAAGUCCGAGUCGGUCUCUGCCACUCAGAUUGAGCGUGCUUCUAAGGUUCUGCGCAAGCGCAUCACCUCCGUUCGUGAAACCUACGGCUGGGCUCACGAGGAAUCUUUGACCAAGCUAAAAGAGGUUAUCUCCUUCCAUUCCAAGCACAGCGAGUCUUCCGAGUCUGUUCUUUCGGAGCUUAGGGAGUCAACUGUGCAGAUUCUGCAGACCGAGUCUUCUUCUACCCGCCUUGUCGCCGCUGCAUCGACCAUCGCCGCCAGCUACAUUGCCACGAAACAAGUGACUAAGGCGACUGAGUUGACGCAGGAGCUGUACCGCCAGAUUGUGAUGAAGGACACAACCAACAUCAAGUCCACCAAGUUUGAUCUCACUUCCAAGGGCCGCCAGAGCCUGAUCUUCUUGGCUCAGCUCGAGCAAAGCCUCCGGCAGCGGAACUCUACUAUUACUGAGAUCCUGGCCGAGCUGACCACCGAGUUCGUCUACUUUGAGGAGUUCCGCAGCCAUUUCUCGUCCAAGACCAGCUCUUUCCACAGUGUCUCGGUCUCUGCCUCCCGUCUCUACCACUUCUUGCUCUCGAACAACCGCCAGACUGCAGCUAUUCGCGUCUUCGACGACUACGUUGCCUACUUCCUGGCUACCGAUGGCAAGCGCACCAAGUUGACCGAGACUAACCAGGUGAAGAUCUUCUUGUCGACGAUUUUGGAGCACUUCAGCACCCACAAGUCAACCAACUUUAUCCGUUCGGUUGGUAUUGCCAGCAACUAUCGUGUUCUGGAUCUCCUCCAGAAGAAGAACUACGAUGGUGCUUGUGAUCUUGCUAUCGCCUCCUUCCGGUACAUCUCUGCUCACGAUGUAUACCGCUCUGCCGCGAUUGUCAAGUUUGUUUUCACUCUGGGUGUGUUCAUCACCGGACGUACCGUUGUCCCUCGGCCCGACCAAGCUGCCCAGAAGAAGCUACUCGGCGUUUCCUCUGUCAUCAUUCAGGAGGUCCUCCGGGUCAUCAGUGACUUGAAGAUCAACCUGGCUCAGGUCAACCUAGACUAUCUGAACAUUUUGAUCGGUGUGCUCGGCGAGCAGAAGGACUACAAGAACCUUGUUUGGGUCCUUUCCAGCCUUUGGAACAGCCGCAACCAGCAGAUCAAUUGGUCGCCCGUCAUUACCCUGCAGCUGGCCCGUCGCUACAUUCUCGCCCGUUACCUAGUCGGCGAUGCCCUCAAGGCAGCGCGCCUGGCGGAGGACAUCGUGUACAACUGUCGCCGUGUCAAUGGCGCCCGCCACCAAAGCACCCUCGAGAUGUCGACCCUGUUGUCCCAGCUGUAUGCUGGCAUCGCCCAACGCUACCAAUCUGAGAAGGGUGGUCAGCACAUGGCAAACAAGUACUACAAGAAGAUUGCCAGCGUGCACGAGAACCUUCUCCGCAUUUUCGUCGAUCCCUCUCUUGCCGAGUUCGAGGGUGGCCUCGACAGCAGUCUGAGCAUGGACGGUUCCACCUACGACCUUGACCUUGGCGAUAGCACCCCCAACGGUUCUAUUUCCGACGCCGAGCAGGUCCGUCAGCACCUGCAGCUGCUUAAGCUCGCUGUGCAGCGCCUGGGUGAUUGGCCCAAGGACUUCAGCGAGUACGAGCGCCUGAAUGCCGAUCUGUUCCUUGAAUUUGGUGAUGAACUCAAGGGCGUUGAGGGUGUUGAGAAGUGGGAUCUCAAGAAGUUUGGCUCUGGAAAGGCUUCUGGUAAUGAAGAUCAGCUGAGCUUGGAGUUCAAGAACUGGGAGCUGGAUCUUGCUACGGCCGAAGAAGUCGAGGAGGAGCUGUAAAAUGCCUUUUUUUCUAGUUUGCUUUUACCAAAUUGUCUUGCGCUUUGCGGCUGUUAUAAUUUUGUUAUGCUGUAUGAUCUGUGCUUAUAGCUGAUUUGUCUUUAUAUCGAGGUACACACAAUUGCAUUGGCUCUAGUUCAAAU